AACUUGGCUAUCGACGAUGAUCAUCGUUACAUUCGUGGGCCAGAUUUAGUUUCUCAUUAAAUCGUAUUUGACUCAUCGAACGCAGAUUAGACACGGAGAGUCAACAGAUAAUCCAAAAGCAGUGUGGGGUGGGUGGAAAGACGCCCCACUUUCUGAUUUAGGUCGCAAGGUUCGUCCCAGAUGACCAUUGAACAGUUAUCUAUCCCCUCAAAAUGUUCCUUGAACGUAGCAAGCAAGAGCCCUGGGCGAGCACUUCGCAUCAACAAAGAUCGACAUGAUCUAUGCCUCUCCUUUACUUCGAGCUCAUCAUACAGGAAAGGCCGUUCAGGACGGCCAGCCCAACUCGCCACCUCUCGUCCUCAACCCAAAUCUCCGCGAGCAGCACUUUGGUAUCGCCGAAGGGUACCCUUGGUGUUAUACGUAUCCAGAUCACAUGACCCUCGACGAAUGCUACAAAAACAAUAUCUUCCCAGCCUUCUUCGACCGUUCAAGCAAAUUUCCAGAUGGGGAGAGUGUCGAAGAUCUCGCAGAACGGGCGCACGGAGCGAUAAAGGAAUGCAUAUUUCCUCACCUCGCAGAAGAAGAUGGGUUCCACGUUGCUCUGGCGAGCCAUGGAUUAUGCAUCGGAGAACUCAUUCACGCAUUGUUAAGCUACGACCCAAAUUCCAGUAGAGAGGAGUCUUACCUUGGGUUGAUGAACACGGCUUGGACGCGUGCGGUUAUCUCUCUUGAUCCUUCACACCAGGGACCCGUGGAUUCUAAUAACCCACCGCCACUCAGCGUCGGGGUUACUCACAUCGGGAAGACCGACCACCUUACGGACCUAGUAAGCAUUUCUCGAUUAUUCCACUCCGCUUUGAAGAUACCUAUCUAUCACAGCAUAAGAUCACAGAUACCAAUGACAUUCUUGAUGACGAGACAAAGGCGGAAGCCCUGGCAUUCUUUGGAGGAGCUCAUACCGAUUAGACUAAAGAAUAGAAUGAUGUGUUGUGAUGUUGCUGAGAAGGCUGGUUUUAUUUUGAAAUGUGAACGGCUAGUCUUCUGAGUAGAAACUCGGUGGAGAAAUUCGACAAGAUAUUUGUUUUCUGUUAACAGAUCGAAUGCAUGUGAUACGGUAUUGUAUAUCCUCUCCCAAGAAGCGGUCAGCGGACACUAUCAGAACCAAGGUUAAAGGAGAACAGGUGCGUGUUCAACGUGUUGGCAGCAACAACGCCAAGCCGGCCGCUGCGGGUGACGUAGAGAUCAACAAAAAAACCAGAGCAUCCUGCACCCGGACCCAAAGUACCAAAGUCCUGGGUUGUUGUGCCCAAUGACCGAUAGAACUGAACGACAGAGGUACGUAUUCUUCCUCCGAUCACCAUGAAUAUCUAGUACAGUACACGACAAUCCGACUGCUAAUCAACUAUAGGGGCAUCCAAC